AAGGGUCGUCGGCAAUGCAGGUGUGGAGCGCAAAGGAGCGAAGGCUCGCUCUGCUCGCAGCUGGAGUUUUGGCAUGUGCCGGCUUGACGUGCUUGGUGGUUUAUGGGACUCGAAACUCUCACAGAGCUGCUCUCACUUCAGACUGGCUGGACGGGUAUCAGUGGGUGCCUCCAUACCCCGGGGCAGGGCCAGAGACCCCGGACUGGCAGGUCACUCCGGCGUCCGUCGGGCAGGGAGCGCUGAACGCGUUUGAUCCCUCCCACCAAGAGUCCAACGUGUUGGCAAACAGCUACGUCUUCCCCGAUUACGCUCGCCGCUCUCGCCGCAUGGCGCUGUACCAGUACCCCACCAAGAGGAUGAGGAUGGUGCCAACCAACUCCCUGUGGGUUGGAUCGCCCAUGAAGUUUCUGCCUCCUGAUGGAGACUAUCCCGGCGGCUCCACUGGAAUCCCUCUGGACGGGUAUCUGGCGUAUGAGACUGGAUGGGCCAACGACGGGCCGUUCCAUGGAGAGCUUGCUCCGAUGCAGGAGGCAGGCAUCGCGUCAAGGGCUCGACCCACCUCACUCAGCAUCAUGGAUCCUGGCCAGGAGCCAGCUCCCUUCGACGAUUGGGACCUGGGAAACCAGGCGGCGCAGCUGGACCGGACUUACGACGCGAACGUGUGGGAGAACGCGAGGCAGCCGCUGACGGACUACAACAUGGGCAAGAUCAGCUGCAACAUGGGGUCGGACUGUCACGAUGGGACCCAUCAUGGUGGAGUUCAUGAUAACGGGAUACAAAUUUAUGACAAUUAUCAUACGGGGUCGAUUGAUCCCAGCUCCGACAAAAGUGUCAACCCUGAAUAUUAG